CCCCGGCCGCAGUCGCCGGUGCCGCCGGCCCAUCCCAACCUCCCUCCUGUGCAGCCCCAUCCGGCCUCCCAGAGCCUCUCGCAGCCGCUCUCUGCCUACAACAGCAGCAGUUUAAGCCUCAACAGCCUAAGCAGCAGCAGAAGCAGCACUCCUGCCAAGACUCAGGCCCCUCCUCCGCACAUAGCUCACCAUCCCUCAGCCUCACCGUUCCCCCUCUCUUUACCCAGCCACAGCCCGCUGCAUACCUUCACGCCCGCCCUCCAGCCCCCCGCACACCCACAUCACCCCAAUAUGUUUGCCCCUCCUACGGCUUUGCCUCCUCCACCGCCAUUGACGUCAGGGACGCUGCAGGUUCCGGGACACCCAGCUGGUAGCACUUACUCAGAACAAGAUCUUCUCCGUCAGGAACUAAACACACGAUUUUUGGCCUCGCAGAGCGCAGAUCGCGGGGCCUCCCUGGGCCCGCCGCCGUACCUGAGGACCGAGUUCCACCAGCAUCAGCACCAGCACCAGCACACACACCAACACACACACCAGCACACCUUCACGCCUUUCCCCCACGCCAUCCCACCCACUGCCAUCAUGCCAACGCCAGCACCGCCCAUGUUUGACAAAUACCCUACAAAAGUUGACCCCUUCUACCGUCACAGUCUGUUUCACUCCUAUCCUCCAGCUGUAUCAGGUAUUCCUCCCAUGAUUCCUCCAACUGGCCCCUUUGGCUCUCUACAAGGAGCAUUUCAGCCCAAGACUUCCAAUCCUAUUGAUGUUGCAGCCAGACCUGGAACUGUCCCACACACCCUUCUACAGAAAGAUCCACGGUUGACAGAUCCGUUCAGGCCCAUGUUGAGGAAACCUGGGAAGUGGUGCGCUAUGCAUGUUCACAUCGCCUGGCAGAUAUACCAUCACCAACAGAAAGUCAAGAAACAGAUGCAGUCUGAUCCACACAAGCUGGACUUCGGGCUGAAACCUGAAUUUCUGAGCAGGCCACCGGGCCCCAGCCUUUUUGGAGCCAUCCACCACCCCCACGACCUGGCCCGGCCCUCGACACUCUUCUCCACAGCCAGUGGGGGUCAUCCAGCUGGCACCCCUUUCGGCCCACCACCUCACCACAGCAACUUUCUCAACCCAGCCGCUCACUUAGAGCCUUUCAAUCGACCGGCCUCCUUCAGCGGUCUCACUGCAGUGGGUAGUAAUGCCUUCGGGGGACUCGGGAACCCGACAGUUACACCCAACUCAAUGUUCGGCCACAAGGAUGGCCCCAGUAUGCAGAGCUUUAGCAACCCUCACGAGCCCUGGAACCGACUGCACCGAACUCCUCCUUCGUUCCCGACCCCUCCGCCCUGGCUGAAGCCAGGAGAGCUGGAGCGCAGUUCAUCUGCUGCAGCUCAUGACAGAGAUAGAGAUGUAGAUAAACGAGACUCAUCUGUUAGUAAAGAUGACAAAGAAAGGGAGAGCAUUGAGAAAAGACACUCCAGCCAUCCUUCGCCAGCACCUAUCCAUCCAGUAAACUCCCUCGGACAUAAUCGCAGCUCAAGUGAGCAGAUCAGGAGCCAUCUAAAUCCCGAGGUUCGAGAAAAAGAGAAACCCAAAGAACGAGAGAGGGAUCACUCCGAAUCUCGGAAGGAGAUUAAUGUUGAAGAGCACAAGGUGAAGGACAACUAUAUUUCGGAGAAAGAAGGCCUGAGCCAUGAAAGCCGAGUGGUGGAAGAGUCUAAGCAAAUGCCCAGGGUUCCUUCACCCUAUGCUAGGCCCCCUGUUGUGGAGAGCACCAGGCCUAAUAGUACUUCAAACCGCGAGGCUGAGAGGAAGAACGAGCCGUCAUACGAUAACGCGAAGAAAAGCAAUGAAGUCAAGGUGAAGGAGGAGCGAAAGGAAGACCAUGAUGUUCAACCUGAGGGACCUCAGAGUCAUAGGUCAUCUGAUCAGCCACCACCUAUAUCUACAUCCAACGUCCAUCCAAGCCCUUUAGUGUCUAUGCCCAUGACUGUAGGUGUAACUGGUAUACAUCACAUGAACAGCAUCAGUGGCCUGGACAGGACUCGCAUGAUGACCCCUUUUAUGGGAAUUAGCCCAAUUCCUGGUGGAGAACGUUUUCCCUAUCCUUCUUUCCACUGGGAUCCAAUGAGAGAUCCCUUAAGAGAUCCGUACAGAGAGCUAGAUAUUCAUCGGAGAGACCCCCUGGGCAGAGACUUUCUGCUAAGAAAUGACCCCCUUCAUCGUCUUUCUACGCCAAGAUUAUAUGAAGCAGACAGGUCAUUCAGGGAUCGGGAACCUCACGACUACAAUCACCACCAUCAUCACCACCACCCUCUCUCUGUUGACCCUCGACGUGAGCAUGAGAGGGGCAACCACUUGGAUGAUAGGGAGCGGUUGCACAUGCUCAGAGAGGACUAUGAACAUGCACGCCUGCACUCAGUUCACCCUGCCGCCUUGGAUGGGCACCUGCCUCACCCAAGCCUAAUCACACCAGGACUUCCUAGCAUGCACUACCCCAGAGUCAGUCCCCCGACGGGACACCAGAACGGCAUCCUCAAUAAAACUCCCCCCACAGCAGCUCUCAGUGCCCCUCCACCUCUUAUUUCCACUCUGGGACCGCGGCCUGGGUCUCCCAGAAGGACUACUCCUCUGUCAGCAGAGAUGAGAGAGAGGCCUCCCUCUCACACCCUCAAGGACAUUGAAGCUCGAUAA